CAACAUUAAAAGGUAUACCGAAGAAUAUGACAAAGCAUGAAUUGAUCGAUAUACGUAGAACCAUACCGAAAAUUGUGGAAAAUUGGAUUAGUUUUUUGAAUAAUGAACAAUUUUUGCAUGAUUAUGAAUAUGGUAGAAUAGCAAAAGAUGUUUAUGAUGAUUUACAAAAAUCACUAGUCUUUCUUCAUUUAGUUCCAUGUGAAAUAAACACUGGUAAACAGUUGAAAUAUUGUUUCACUUUUCAUCCAUCUUCCAUUAUGCCAAAGCAUAAAAUUCUACUAGCCACCUUAUCAGCAUAUAUUCAUUCCUGGAUUAAUCCAAAUCAAUUAAAAUUACACGUUUUUCUUACCAAUUCAAAACACGAAGUCUAUGAACACUUUUAUAUCAACCUAAAUAAUAAAACAUUAAAAAAUGACAUAGAAUUUUUCAAUAUUGAAUCAACACAUCGUCAAGUUGCAUGGGAUAUUAGCUCGAUGAUGGAGAAUUUACAGUAUUCUAAAUAUCACCUCAUUGAUUCAGUGAUAAUGACACUAGUUAAUACUGAGGAUACAAGUAAUAGUGUGGAUGAUGUUCAUUUGAAUUUUAUCGAUCUGUCUGAUCAAUUAGUAACAAAUUAUUCUAGUGCUUUAACUUCUACUACUACUGCCAAUGAAAAUGAUACUGUCGAAAAUGUAUUAUUUGAAAAUUUUGAUGAAAAAGGGAAAAUAUACCGAAAUAAAAAUAUGAAUCAGGAUUCUGAUGACGAUGUUGGUAAUGAUCUUGUCUCUAUAGAGGAUCGCAAUGACAGUGAUAUUGAUGGCAAUGAUGAUAUAAAUGAAAGAUUAGAUGAGAAACUUGAAAAUAUGUUCAUUAAAAGAAAUGUUAUCAAAUCUGUUAAAACAGAUGUUAUUGAUGAUGUGUUAAGUCAGAAUACACAAAUUAUAUUAAGCAUGAAAUCACUGAAACUUCUACAGCUAGAAAAUCAAUAUUCACUCAAAAAACGUUUAACUCAUCGGUCAUUCUUGAUUGAAUCUAGUAAGCCACCAUAUCAUACUACACAAUCGUGUCCAAGUUUUCUAGAUAAAAAUAAACGGGAAACAAAAUGUUGUCUUUUUCGUUAUACAUUGAAUAAAAUGCAAAUGGAUCAAAAUGAUAAAUUAAGAUUUAUUAUAUUUCCACAUCAUUUACCAAUAAAUAUGUGUCAUGGUAGAUGUAUUGGAUUGUACAUGCCGACAGAUAAUGCGCACAGUAUUCUAAUGAAUCGUUAUUUUUCUGGAUUGGGUUCUGUGGAACGAGAAGCUAUCUAUAAUUCAAUGCCAUGUUGUGCUGCCAAUGAAACCAUACCGUUUACAAUACUUUAUAAAAAUCAUAAAGAUCAACUGGUCACUGAAACACUGCCUAAAGCUGUAAAAACCAACUGUGCAUGCAGUUAAAUUAUAUCAAUAUGGAAAUAUGCACCGGAAUAGUAAAACACAAAUUAUAUACUUACUACUAAGCAUUUAGUAGUAGGCAGCCAAAUAUUUUAAAAAUAAAAUAAAGC